CACUGUUUGGCUGAAUGACAAUUUGGCUUCUUAGCUUCUUGUUUUGAAUUUCUUUCACAUCCAAUAUAGAGCCUGUGUUCGCUCAGCCUACUAGGAAGAGCACCAGGUUUUGAGGCUGACUUUCGUAGUGGCCAAGCCGCAUAUUUACAACUAAAGAUCGGCUCAUGUACGCAGGAUUGAACCCUUAAGAUGAGCAGAGGGAUGCCCAGGAAGAAUUAGUUUUUGGUUAUGGGCUACUGAGCAAGGUGCACAGAGGCAAAGGCUUCUGCGAAGGAGGGAACGGGGAUAACUUAUAACGAAUGAUGCAAGGAGGGAAGGAGUGACUGCUGACCGCAUACACAGCUGGUUCCUGACAGAGGAAGCCCGGACGGAGGCCCAGGUCUUGCUGCCUGCUGCUGUCUGCUGCUAUCACCGCAGCCAGCACUGCUGCUUGGCCUCCCCAGGGGCUGCAGCCCUGCAACGAGCACACACCCGCACACACCGUAACAUACUAACAUACACUUCUCUUUUGAGCAGCAGUGGCAGGGAGGGCAGGAGGAGGGUUUAGAUGAGAGCACAGCCCAUAAGCCAGAGCCACGAGACAAGCUGACCUGCCGCUGACACACACACACACACACACACUCUCUCACACACACUCUGCUGGAAGGGAACGAAGAGAGAUCAAGAGACCAAGAUGAACGGAAAAGAAGACAGAAAGGAAGAUGUACAGAGAAGAUGCACCAAGUAGAGGAGACAGCAAAAUAAAAACCUCUACCUAAAGACUGCUAGUCCAGAGUAUUAACAGCUACAGCUAAGUACAGCUAUCAAGUAUCUUUCAUACAACAAAGAUCAGAUCCAACAAAGUCUUGGAUGAAGAGGUGAAAGGAAGAAGAAGAAGAGGCGACUUGCGGCUGUUUCUUGUUUUCCUGUUCGGAGUUCCUGCUACAGCUGAGUCCUUGUCCUCGCACAGCAGUUCAGUGGGUCAUACAAUUAUCUACUGCAGCCUCAAAGGCAAACCGGCUGAAUAUCAUGAAGAAAAAUAUGCAAAAUCUCAAGGACAUACAGAGAGAGUUUAGCAGGAGUAGUGCCUUCUAGCGUCUUGGAGCUAAAAAAUAGAUUUCAUACAUCGAUCGCCUCCCAUUUGUCUUGCUACGCUGCUUGGCUUCGCUUAACCUUCGAAUCCCCUCACCUCACGAGGAAACUGGAGUGCUGAGAUCGCCGCGGUGGGGGAUUCAAAGGGCCGAACAUGUCUGCCGAAGUCCUCUUGGAGCGCCAGAAGAAGGCCAACCUGAGAGCCGGGACGUCCCCUGCUCCAAUGUUCGCUCCACGUGUGCCCACGGUCACACUGAUCAGCCACAGAGAGCUGAGGGAUAAGCACUCUGCUACCCACAGGCUCCAGCAUGGAAGCCUUGAUCCAAACCUGCCGAUCAGCAGCCACUACAGAUGUAGCGAAGGUAGCAGAGUGCAGAAGGUUGGAACAAUGCCAGAUUCACCUGCGGAUGUGAAAACCCAGCCCAGGUCCACCCCACCCACCAUGCCUCCUCCACCCCCGGCUGUCAGCCAAGCAACCAAUCGCAACGCUUCAUAUACCCCUACUACCAGUAAAACAAUGCUGAACGGGAGCAGCCACUCUCCCACGUCACUGAACGGUGCUCCAUCCACUCCUAACGGCUUCAGUAAUGGGCCAGCCAUGUCCUCGACGGCCUCGCUUUCCAACCAGCAGCUCCCGCCAGCUUGCGGUGCCCGCCAACUCUGCAAACUGAAGCGUUUCCUGACCACGCUGCAGCAGUUUGGCAACGACAUAUCGCCUGAGAUCGGAGAGAGAGUCCGCAGCCUUGUGCUGGGGCUGGUGAACUCCACUCUCACCAUCGAAGAGUUUCACUCAAAGCUUCAUGAGGCCACCAACUUCCCUCUGAGGCCGUUCGUCAUUCCCUUCCUCAAGGCAAACCUGCCCCUGCUCCAGAGAGAGCUCCUCCACUGUGCCAGGCUGGCCAAGCAGACUCCAGCUCAGUAUCUGGCCCAGCACGAGCAGCUUCUCCUGGACGCCAACGCUAGCUCGCCCCUCGACUCCUCCGAGAUCAUGCUGGAGAUGAACGAGCACGGCAAGAGGAGGACCCCUGACAGGACCAAAGACAGCUCAGACAGAGAUGGGUUGCAUCCGGAGCACCUGGCUAAGCGGCCCUGCACCAUCAGCCCCAGCCAACGUUUCAGCCCCAGCACAGGUCUUCCUGCCCAUCCGCCUCCCAACGGCAUCCCAACACACCCUCCCAACGGACUACCCCACCCACCCAACCCCCAAAUGGGACCCCAGCACUAUCGCUUAGAAGACAUGGCGCUGGCACACCAAUACAGGGACGCUUACAGACACAAUGAGCACCGUGACGCACGGGACAGGCACCGACCAACAGCAGUGCAUGGAGCCCGCCAGGAGGAGGUGAUUGACCACCGUCUUACAGAUCGAGAGUGGGCGGAGGAAUGGAAGCACCUUGAUAACCUCUUAAACUGCAUCAUGGACAUGGUGGAGAAGACGCGCCGCUCUCUCACGGUGCUGCGCCGGUGCCAGGAGGCCGACCGGGAGGAGAUGAAUCACUGGAUCCGGCGCUACAGCGACGUGGAGGAGAUGAAAAAAGGUGGGAGCAACGGACAGCACUGCCUUCCUCCUCCUCCUCUUCCUCCUCCUCCUCCUCCUCACCACAACUCCUCCUCCAACACAGCUAGCAGCAGCGAGGCACUGCCCGUAGGAACUUCCUCGGCUGCUGAAAGGCAGACAGGCAGACAGACAGAGAUCCACAGAGACUUCUUACACAGGCCUCCCUCAGGAUACCUGCCCGAAGAAAUCUGGAGGAAAGCCGGUACUACAAGCAUCCCGCUCUCCCCAGCACUAAAGCACCUCCAAAACAGGCAGGAGGAGGCCGUCAAUGAGGUGAAGCGGCAGGCGAUGUCAGAGCUGCAGAAGGCGGUGUCGGACGCUGAGAGGAAGGCCCACGAGAUGAUUUCAGCCGAGCGCUCUAAGAUGGAGAGGGCACUGGCCGAGGCCAAGAGGCAAGCCUCUGAGGAUGCACUAACAGUCAUCAACCAGCAGGAGGACUCCAGCGAAUCUCACCAGAGCUGCUGGAAUUGCGGGAGGAAAGCCAGUGAGACGUGCAGCGGCUGCAACACGGCUCGCUACUGCGGCUCCUUCUGCCAACACAAAGACUGGGAGAAGCACCACCACGUCUGUGGUCAGGGCCUGCAGGGGCUGCCCGGGGGCAGCAGCGUCCCCCUAGGCACCCCCUCUUCCAACUCCGCGGCAUCGAGUGCACCCCCCACCCACCCGGAGAGCACUCCACCAGGACCCCUGUCCCUGGUGGGCCAGAGCAGUAUCGCGGGAGGGGCUGGCAGCGGCAGUGGAAGUGUCUCAGCCAGCCCCAAGGAGAGCAGUUCCAGCAGUGCCUCUCGCUCCACAACUCCAGCUACCCCCGCCCUACUCGACGCCACCUCCCGCUGACGUCCGACCCUCGUCCCCUCCCUGCAUACUGAUGCGAUAGUGCCCACUUGCCACACAAAACCAAACUGAGGAAUCUCCGCCGCAUACUGCUCCCUUUCUUCUUGCCCUCCUUCAGUCCUUAUUUCCCCCUUAUCCUGAGCUCUUCUGAAAAUCUUCUCACUACCUGACGACUUGUUUUAUCUUGUCACCAUCCACGCCCCAACAACAGAAAAAAUGUUUAUUUCUGUCUAUGUCUCUUUAUCAACCACAAAAAACAAAAAUUCCAGCUCGGGGUUGAGUGUAGUGGAAAGCAUGAAAAGUGUCUCCUUUCUCUGUGUUCAGUCACAGAAACAUAUCAGAUGUGUUUUGCUGAAAAAAACAUGAGCUUUGACUUGAAGGUGUGAUUAACAUACAGCCUCAGUAACAUUGAGCACGACGAAUACUGUCCACGUAAGGACGCAAGACAAGGGCUGCAGUAAGGCAUCGUUGAUGAGGGGAUGACUAGGACGAUUAGCACUUGGAUUGGAUUUCCCUUUAAUUUAGCACCAAUGAGAGAACAGCACCCAGCCCUGACAUGUGCACUACCGGUCCAAACAGUUCGCUGAUGUGGCACUUACUCCACAGUAUCCUCACGGAGACAGGAAAGGAAAAUAUUACCUUUUUUUUUUUUUUUCCUUUCAAAUGGAUGAGGGAAGGGGAAACGCGAUUAAUUCUUCAGAAACACAGCUUAGUAUUUAUUAAAUGUUUCUUUUUUGGCUUUAAGGGAAAAUGAAGAAGUCCAAAUAUUCUAAAUAAAGAAUAAUAGUGAUGAUGCUGACGAUGAUGAUAAGGAUAUGAAAAAUAAAUUAAUUUUAAACUGCUAACUACCUUGCUAGCGAGCCAAGAAAAUCUACGCCGGACUCACCUCUCUGCACCAUUGUGAACCCAAAUGAAUUCAAAGAUGAAAAAUAACAUGAUCCAAACCUUUGUAUUACACUGCCAAAGUGAGUAAAUAAGCGAUAAGGAGAAGCACUCAUCUUAUAACCAAACGCAAAGCAACAUCACCUCCUCAGCAGAUAAGCCAGCCCUGAGAGGACCAGGCUGUGGGGACGGCUGCAGAAAAGGGACCCAGAGACAGUCGGACAUUUUAAAGAAACAAAACGAAACGAAACUGUGACCUGCUUCGAUCUGCAGCCCCCCCUCCUGCAGUCUGGACAAAAAAAAAAACCUACAGCGACUCCUCAGUGAUGGCCCAGACUCGUGAAUAAUAUGGACAAUGCUGUGAACUUGAGAGAGACUUAAAUGAAACGGAUGGAAACCCUGCCACAGUGUGAUUUUUUUUUUUUUUGUUUGUUUUUGUGAGCGGACAGAGAGAGAAAAAGAAAAAAAAAGGGAAAAGGGAAAAGCUACACAGCCUCGAAGGAGAUGAAGAUACACACAUGGCAACGGAGCUGCCAAAAAACCUCAAAAAGAAGCUUGAAAACAUUGUCCGAGAAACAUACUGCAGAGACGCAUGGGAAGAUUGUUCCCAAGUCCUUUUUUUUUUUUUUUUUUUAAAUGCUCCGCAACAAGGAGAUAUUUCAAGGAGUUGCUGUUACCUUUACAUUCACUCCCUCCUUUUCCAAAGCAUGACGAACAGAUGAAGGAGCCUCGCGAAGGGUGGUGUAGACUUGGUUCUCCUCUCUCUUUCUACCUCCCCUCACCCCACACCUCCCUCCCACACUCCCCCUCCCCCCCCACCCCCGACUGCUUGACUCAAGUCUGCCCCCUGAACCCCAGCCUGCUUUUGGACAGCAGUCACGUGGGAAGACUUCAAAAACCUGCUUGUAGAUAUUGUUCCUCUUUUCAGAUUUCAAUAAUGUCUCUUGUCGCUGAUGUCCAUAUGUGCUGCCCUUGUGUAUAUCCAGAAAGACGGACUUUGUUUUGUUUGUUUUUUUUUGUUUUUUUUUGUUUUUUUUGUUUGUUUCCUCCUUUAAGUUCGGGCUGAGCAGUGAAGUCAGAGCAAGGACACUCGAGAGGAAGCCCCUCAUUUUACUUCUUGUUUGAUUUGUUGUAUCUAUAUUAAUGAGAAGAAAACCCCUCUUGUAGAAUAUUUUGUAUUGCUCGCAUUGUAAGACAGUGAGAGGACGGAGGUGCAAUAUGAAGAGAAUUCAGCUACUGAAUGGAACCUCAGCAACUGCCCAUAGGGUGUCAUAUAAUAUAGAUACAUAUAAAUAUAUUUAAAGUAACAUCAGUAACUUAAUGUGAAUGUACAUAGUAUUUAAAGAGGUCCAAAAAUGUGUUUGCCAAAUAACAGAAACCUUUAAAGAUUAAUGUCCAGAAUAUGAUUUUCUCACAGUUCAUUUGUUUUACUCAAAUUAUCUUUUUUUUUCCCUCUCAUACAAGUUUAACAAUUUUCACUCAAAUCAAAGUGUCAUGUGACCCUGAAUGGAGGAGACUGUCGGUAACAGGGGUGAAGCGGCUCCACGCGGGCGCCCGAUGCAUGUAGCUGAGUGUGGAUGAAAUUCAGAUGGAGGGUGGAUGGACACCGCGAGAUUUCCAGAGAAUUUUUUCCUGACUGAUUUUUCUCCGUUUGACCUUCUUCAUUUGUAUGAGGUAGCAUAGUUUGGCCUCGGUGAUGCCAUUGUCAUGUGCUUUAUUCGACCCGGGGUGCGUUAACAUCCUGCAGGAGGGGACUCGAGGAUGUGUGGUGACGAAAAAAUAUUGUCCAAAUAUUUUACAGUAGUAAUUGUCAAAGAGGGAAAAGUGGUGGUUUCAAAUUCAGUUCCUUGACACCAAAUUUAGUCCAACUUGAUAUGUCAUGUCAUCAUCCUUUCCACUCAGAUGCCACUUUAGUGACCAUCUCUCUUGGUCUGCUUGGUCCCACCUGUGUGUGUGUGUGUGUGUGUGUGUGUGUGUGUGUGUGUGUGUGUGUGUGUGUGUGUGUGUGUGUGUGUGUGUGUGUGUGUGUGUGGUUAGGAGUGUUUGUUUGCCCCAAGGUGCAGGACUCACCGUUACUGUAGGAUUAAGUGAUUUACCAGUAUUAAGCUACAGUAAACCUCAAAGCUAAUUUUGAUACCCAAUAUUCUCUGAAAUGUUUCUCUCUCUCUUUUUUCUUCUUUUUUCAGCCCUUACCACAUGCUCCAGCAAAAUGAUUGCCUCUUGCCUCUGAAUGUGUGUUAAACAUCCUCAAGGCCUCUGCUUAAAGGAUAAGUUGCCGCAUAGAUAAAAACUCAAACAUUAUCUUGUCAGCCCUUUGCCAGUGAGAAGUCUGGCAUGGUCUCUCAUUGUACAAAACAACGCUGCAGUAGAUGGGGACUUGUUUUAAAUAAUACAAAACAACCAAAAGAAAGCAUAAAAUGGCUCCAAACGCAAAAUUCAAGUCUCUGGAGGCCACAAAAAAGUGAUUUGAAAUAAAAGUUAUCACACCCUUUUCUAGUUGAAAUCUUGCUAGUGAAGUGAAAAAAACACACACUGUCUGAAGUGAGCGUACAAACUGGACCACGUAUCAAGGGUGUAAAAAGUCUUCUCAAGGAAAUGUUUUAUAUAUCGGGGCUUCCUGAGACUAGGAUUAUGUCAGAAAAGCUCUAUGGAGCCAUUUUAUGUUUUUAAAAACAAGUUCCCGUCUACUUCAGUUGUUUAGGAAAACGCUGCAACCCUGACUUGCUGUGGUGAACUUGUCCUUUAAAGCAACAGAGGGCUUGUAGCAGCCACAUUCACACAAAUGUUACAUUGAUCAUUGUAAACUCUCCAUGAUUGGCCUCACACACACUUGGACCAAACUUUGAAAAAAAAAAAAAAAAUAGGUAACUGCCUUUCAUUCAUUGCCAGAUGCAUAAAGUGAUUUUUUUCUUUUUGGACUGUAACUCAAAUGGGAUAAGCUACAAGGUACCCCUGAAUCUGUGUGUAGCAUCUGUGUAUGUGUCAUAAUGACCAUGAUUUGGUAUUGACCUCAGCCUAUUUGUGUCCUUUUUCCACUCCGAUGUCUAAUUCCUCCACUUCUACUACCACAGACCACUCUUCAUAACCCCCCCCAACCCCCCCUCACACUAGCUACCUCCUGUGACCAUACAGCUAACCACCAGGAGAGGUUGACCUGGACUUUGAAAAAGCUGGGCUGACAGCAGACACGGAAGCGCGCAUUCAAAAGCGAAGGUGUAUGAAAACAAAACUGAAGCGUUGAAAGGAAUUGCCAUUACUCGUGAUGUAGAAGAUUUAUUCUUGCCAGACCUCAACUUUUUGAUCACAUCUAACCAAACUGAUACUGCUGAGACUAAGGAACAGGCACACACACACACACACACACACACACAGCUGAACACAGAAUCAACCAUGACAUGCCAUUUAUUGUCCAAAACCAAUAAAAGCACAGACCAAAGUACUCCUGCAUCGCCAUAGUAGGCUUUGACACAGUGUGUUUUUACAGACCAGAAAUAAAAAGGUUGGAGCUCCACUACACCGGUUAACCAAAGUGUCUGAAAUACACACAAUCAGGGCACAAGAGUGACGAGCACACUCAAUGAAACUUUUCAAAUGUGUAGAAGUCAUAUUCAAGCAAUCAAAGCGCUUGUUGUCUACAUAUUGAAUAGUGCUUCUGUGUGAAAAAAAAAAAAUGGAAGCGUCUCCUUUGGAAAAAAUCUACUGAUUGCGUGUUCUUACAGUUACAAAGCCUUGCAGAGAUAAGAUGAAUACAUGGUGGGUGUGUGUUUGCGGGUGAAUGCUGAUAUGUGUGUGUGUUUUUGUAAGAAAAGAAGUAUUUUUCUUUUGUCUCUGUACAAACUACUUGAAACCUUCAGAGCUUUAAUGAAACAUCUAUAGUGGCAGAUCGAUUCACAAUAUGUAGCAACAGCUUUUGUGCAGUAAAACACAGCGUUUGCAUACAAUAUUUGCAUCCGCGCGACGAUGUAAUGACAGUUCCAUUCAACUCUUAAGUGCUUUGCGCGCACCUCCUCGUCUGCAAGUAAGCCUUCAUUUAACUAAACAAAGCCAAACCCCACAGACCUGUUACAAAUGACCAAAAUGCAACCAAAAGCUACAACUUCCUUCUUCAGAUUUCUUUUUCUUUUGGUUUCUGUGUUACAUCCCGGCGUUGGAGAACUUCACACGAGGCUGCCGUCCUGCAAAGAUCGGAGCUUUGGAGGAAAGAGCAAACUGUCCGCUCUCCUCCUGAUUCGACAGGGGAGAAAAGAUCAGAUCAGAUGUUCUGGUCAGCUGGGUGGUCAGCAUCAUGAAGUCAUGGAACAGAUGAGAUCCGUGCCGAGGUGUCAUCUGUUUUUCUCCGAUGGCAAACGCACAAGGGCUCUGUUGUUGUGAAUACCAUCCGAGGGUCCCUGAACACUUCACAUCAGCCACUUUUCUAUUUGUUUAACGAUGUACAUGAUAUGGGCAAAACGCAUGUUUAGAAAAGACAAAUAUUAGCAGGUUGGCAUUUGUCUCCCCCUUACCCCAACCAAUAACUCUACCAAUGAAGUUUCAAGGCUCAUCUGAUGUGAUGGUGACAUGUCCCUCCUGUGAAACAGGCACUGAUGAAUAGCUACAGUAGAAAGCUAAAGAGGCAAACAGUGGAUAUAGCACUUGUUUUCCCAAAAGCCAUGGCUCAGGAUGGUCCUGUUUUUACCUUUACAUGAAUUGAAAAAAAAAAAAAAAAGGUUUAUGGUUUUAUAUGUGUAGGGAAGCAUUCUAUACUGUAUUGUGCAAUACAUUAUUACAGAAAAAAACAUGUUUCUGUAGGAAAGGUUGGCGCUUUGAAGAUCUUUCUCCUUUUCUUUUUGUUUCCCUCCUCAAAAGGUCCUGUUGCCGUUUUUAGAUGAAGUUAACUGUGCCAGAAGAAUUAAAUUCUGAUUUGUAUUUAUUUCUUGCAUGCUUUCCUCCCUGUUGCUAAUACCGCUCUUUAACUGUUCGCUCUGUUGGAUGUGUGAAGCUGUAAAACAUUCUAAUUCAGGUUAUUGUCUGUGUUGAACAAUGUAACUGUGUAAUUAAAACAUGAAAUGAAAUAUUCA